AUCCGUUAGAAAAAAGUGAAAAACCAGUGGACUCGAUCGCCGGCCGGAGAGACGAUGAUGCUCCGGCAACCGGCAAGAAGCUUAGCGCCUCUCUCUUUCGUCUCCACCUUCUCCUCCAACUCCAAUCCCUCCUGGCUUCUCCUCCAAUCCCCAUUUCCAAAGCCUAAGCACAUACACCACAAGAUCAAGCACCGGCUUUCCAUUGCCGCCAUGGCUUCCAAAUCGAACGAAGGUACUUCAACAGCGGCGGAGGGAGAUGUCUAUUCGCGGGAGGCGAAGGGUUCGGGGACAACUGCGAGGGGCCGGAGGCUGCUCAGAGUGCGGGAGGAGAAGCGUAAGCGAGAGUAUGAUCGCAUUCACAACUACCCCGCUUGGGCCAAGGUUUUAGAAAAUGCAUGCAAAGAUGAUGAGGAACUUCGUGCGGUGCUUGGUGACAGUAUUGGAAACCCAGAACUGAUGAGGAAAAGGAUUGAGGAAAGAGUCAGAAAGAAAGGUAGAAAUUUUCACAAGUCAAAAACGGGUUCUGUUCUUUCCUUCAAAGUCAGCUUCAGAGACUUCAAUCCAAUGGGUUCCUAUAUGUGGUUUGAGCUAUUUGGUGCCCCCACAGAUCGUGAUGUUGAUCUCCUUGGUAGUGUCAUCCAGGCAUGGUAUGUCUUGGGACGGUUAGGUGCCUUUAACUCUACAAACCUUCAGUUGGGAAAUGUCUGUAUGGAUUACAAUCCUCUUUAUGACUCUGAGAAAGCUGCGAAAGUGAUGCCUUCAUCAUUCCAUGAUAUCGGUGAUGUUGAAUUCCAAGAUAAUUGGGGACGCGUCUGGGUGGACCUUGGAACAUCUGAUUUCUUCGCUAUUGAUGUAUUGCUCAAUAGCCUCACUGCUUUGAGUUCAGAAUACCUCGGCAUUCAACAAGUGAUUUUCGGUGGACGUCGCAUGGGAGAUUGGGAAGACGGCAUGACGAAUUCAGAAUACGGGUACAAGAAUUUUCAGAUAUAAAAUAUGAUCAAUGUUGUCUCUCAUCCAAGAUUCCAAGAAAGGAAAUCAUGUAAUGGCAUUACUUCAUAUGCAAGAGACAAUGAUGUUCUUCUUAACAAAUGUUCAAUUAGUAGAAAAUGGUUGUUUGUCACCCUAGAACUUCAUGUAUACAAAUAAUAAUCACAAGUUUGCUCUAUCUAAAGAUACAAGAGUUUUGUGCAGUUUAGCAGAA